AUGGCAUCUGCGUCGAAACUGUUCUGCGAUGAAGAGGCCCUGGAAGAAAAGCCGUUGAUCAAUGUUGAUUACCUCUCGCACGUAUGGAGAGAAGAGGAUAUUUGGGUGACCAGGAGGUUUGUGCUCAGGGAAAAAAGUGCCCUGAAGAACAGCAUUAGGCUUGAAAAUGCACUCUGGAGGACAUGGACACAGUGCCAACAGCAGCUGAACAUUGUACCAUCCGACAGGGUGGACUGGGCAAAGGACAGCGACAUUACCUGGCUUUAUGGUCCAUGGAAGUCAAGUGGGCGGUCGCCUACUGCACAUGCGGCACCACAGAGGUCUUACGAAAGCUCGCAGCCGCCACCUACCAAAAGACCAUCGCUGAAGAGGGCGUUGUCCUUUGUAUCCUACAUAACUGUGGCCGCCCACAGCCCAAUGAACGAUUCAUUUGUCUCUGGAGAAGGCGGUUCCAAAACCAGUGGCGACAAGGCAUGGAUCAGAUUGUCAUGUGCGUCCGCUGUCCGCUACAGAGAGUGGCCCACCCGUACCCAGUUCCUGUCGACGAACCGCAAGAAGGUACACUUUGACCCAGAGGUUCAGCAGUGCAUCGCAAUAGAUUCGACAAUGACCCUUUUUGCGACUUACGAUUACGAGUCCUCUCCCUUGCAAGGCGCCCGAUCUGACGACGCUACUCGCGUCCCUGGGGCUUAUUAUUCCUCUAUGGAGAGCUGUCUAGUUCGUGAAAAAGACAACGUGCAAACCAUCGCGCAACUACAACCUACAGGUCUGAAAUCGCCUCCCACGUCCGGGCCUUGCCGAGGAGGAGCCGACAGUACAAGCACCGAAGACAUUUCCCUGUUUUAG